AUGGCACGCAUGGUGAACAUGAGCUGGAUAUCUGGUUCUGACUGGUUCUUUUGUUCCAUAGGACAAGUAGACUUGGACCUGCUGCGCAGCCAGCAGCCGAAGCUGUACAUCCUGAAAGCAGGGCGGGCGCUGCUUUCCCACCAAGACAAACUAAGACAGUAUCUACUGUCUCAGCCCGGGACUCUACAUGCAGGUGUGGAAGCCUUGGUUGGGUGGCUACUAGACCACUCUGAUGUCCAGGUUACAGAGUUCUCGGAUGCGGACACAGUAUCUGACGAGUAUUCAGACGAGGAGGUGGUGGAAGAUGUGGACGAUACCCCAUACCCUGUGGCUGCUGGUGCUGUUGUGACUGAGAGCCAGACUUACAAGAAGCGUGCUGACUUCCUGAGUAACGAUGACUACGCUGUGUAUGUGAGAGAGAACGUUCAGGUGGGAAUGAUGGUUCGAUGCUGUCGAGCAUAUGAAGAAGUGUGUGAAGGUGAUGUGGGCAAAGUCAUCAAGCUGGACAGAGAUGGAUUGCAUGACCUCAAUGUGCAGUGUGAUUGGCAGCAGAAAGGGGGGCAGUCUGCAGUCUUCUGUGGCCGUUCCGGAAAGCAGCUGAAGCUCUGUCACAGCAGUCAGCCUGGAAUGCUGCUAGACAGCUGGUCGCGGAUGGUGAAGAGUCUGAAUGUGUCGUCCUCUGUGAACCAGGCCUCUCGUCUCAUUGAUGGCAGUGAGCCCUGUUGGCAAUCAUCUGGAUCCCAAGGGAAGAUCCUGCAGACAGUAGCUACAUGCCAUCCCUGGUCGUGGUGUCAGGUGGAAGUUCCUUAUAACCUAAUUGAACUAAAGACUAUUAAUAUCAACCAAACUGACACCACCGUGCCCCUGCUGAAUGACUGUGCCGAGUAUCACAGGUACAUUGAGAUCGCAAUAAAGCAGUGCAGGGGCUCAGGGAUCGAUUGCAAAAUUCACGGUCUCAUCCUGCUGGGACGCAUCCGGGCUGAGGAGGAGGAUUUGGCAGCGGUUCCUUUUCUGGCUUCAGAUAACGGGGAGGAGGAGGAUGACAAAGGCAGCACUGGGAGUCUCAUUAGAAAGAAGACUGCUGGGUUGGAGUCAACAGCUACAAUAAGAACCAAAGUGUUUGUGUGGGGCCUGAAUGACAAGGACCAGCUGGGUGGGCUCAAAGGCUCUAAGAUCAAGGUUCCUUCAUUCUCUGAGACUCUGUCUGCUCUGAAUGUGGUUCAGGUGGCUGGUGGAUCUAAGAGUUUGUUUGCAGUGACUGUGGAAGGGAAGGUGUACUCCUGUGGAGAAGCCACAAACGGCCGGCUGGGGCUGGCUAUGUCCAGCGGGACGGUCCCUAUUCCUCGGCAGAUCACAGCCCUCAGCAGCUACGUGGUCAAAAAGGUAGCGGUCCACUCAGGUGGCCGGCAUGCUACAGCCUUAACAGUGGAUGGGAAAGUGUUCUCGCGGGGUGAAGGUGAUGAUGGGAAACUUGGACACUUCAGUAGAAUGAACUGUGACAAGCCAAGGCGGAUUGAGGCCCCGAAAACCAAGCGCAUCAGGGACAUAGCCUGGGGCAGUUCUCACAGUGCAGCCCUGACGUCCAGCGGGGAGCUGUACACCUGGGGCCUGGGCGAGUAUGUCCGCUUGGGACACGGUGAUAAUACCACACAGCUGAAGCCCAAAAUGGUGAAAGUCCUUCUUGGUCACAGAGUAAUCCAGGUUGCGUGUGGAAGCCGAGAUGCACAGACACUGGCUCUCACUGAUGAAGGUUUGGUGUUUUCCUGGGGUGAUGGUGAUUUUGGAAAAUUGGGCUGAGGGGGAAGUGAAGGCUGUAACAUUCCCCAGAACAUCGAGAGACUAAAUGGCCAGGGUGUGUGCCAGAUUGAGUGCGGAGCUCAGUUUUCCUUGGCACUCACCAAGUCAGGAGUGGUGUGGACAUGGGGGAAAGGGGACUACUCCAGACUGGGCCACGGCUCAGAUGUGCACGUGCGGAAGCCACAAGUGGUGGAGGGACUGAGAGGGAAGAAGAUCGUGCAUGUGGCGGUCGGAGCCCUGCACUGCCUGGCGGUCACAGACUCGGGACAGGUGUAUGCUUGGGGGGACAAUGACCAUGGCCAACAGGGCAAUGGCACGACCACAGUUAACAGAAAGCCCACCCUGGUGCAGGGCCUGGAGGGCCAGAAGAUCACUCGAGUGGCUUGUGGGUCCUCACAUAGUGUAGCCUGGACGACAGUGGACGUAGCCACGCCCUCUGUCCACGAACCUGUCCUCUUCCAGACGGAAGAGACCCGCCGGGUGCUUCCUACUUAG